AUGCGGCUCGACGGCUCCGCUAUCAGCAGCGAAAGCGAGGUCCACACCGCCCUUCUCAACGUGGCUUAUGAGGCGUUUAAUGUGAUGAGAUUUGAGGAAUACCGCAUGGCUUUGAGGCAGCAGAACCUUCCACAAUGGAUGGUAGCCAUCAUCGUCCUUUAUUCGGGGUAUACGACAAUGCGGUAU